AUGAAGACCAAAAUCACUAAGAAGACACUUUUAAAGUUUUUGAUAAUACUACUGACUAUCGCUCUACUUUCAGUUUUAAUUUUGUUUCUUGUUGUGAUUGGUAGGACAUUUACAUUUAAGGUGAACACAGAGCUUGAAGAAUGGGAAAAUACAACCACCAUUUAUCCUGUUUUAAGUCCAGAACAGAGAAAGGAACUGCUGGCAAAUUUUAAAGAGGCAAUUCAGAUCCCCACAGUGUCAUUUUCAGAGACACAGCAGAACAUGAGCGCACUGCAUGAAUUUAACCUGCUGCUCAGACGGGUCUUCCCAAAGGUCUUCUCAUCCACUCUGGUUCAACAUGAAGCAAUAUCAAACUACAGCCACCUGUUUACAGUGUCAGGGAGUGAUCCCUAUUUGGAGCCGUAUAUGCUGCUGGCACACAUUGAUGUAGUGCCAGCUGAUGAAGCGGAUGGAUGGGACGCUCCUCCUUUCUCUGCUAAAGAGAUCAAUGGCUUCGUUUAUGGGCGAGGGACCAUCGACGAUAAACAGUGUUUGAUGGGGAUCCUUCAGGCAUUGGAAUAUCUAUUGGAACGAGGUUACACCCCUCGGCGAAGCUUCUACAUUGGUUUGGGUCACGAUGAGGAGGUGCAUGGCUUACAUGGUGCAGUGAAUAUUGUGAAUCUGUUGAAGAGUCGUGGGGUGAAGCUGCAGUAUGUUUUAGAUGAAGGUCUUACAAUUAUGGAUGGCAUUGUAGAUGGCCUGAAUGGACCAGCUGCCCUAAUAGGAGUCAGUGAGAAGGGCCAAGCCACAGUAAAGCUGAGUGUUAGUGGUGCUCCGGGACAUUCAUCCAUGCCUCCUAAACAGAGCAGCAUUGGCAUUUUGGCUUCAGCAGUCAGAAGUUUGGAGAAGAACCGUAUGCCCAAUCUCUUUGGUCAUGGUCCUGAGCGUGCCACAUUUGAACAGCUGGCACAUAAGUUUGGCAUGCCUCACAGAAUGGUCAUGGCUAAUCUGUGGCUCUUCUCUUCACUGCUCAGCGGUAUUUUGGAAGGACAGCCUGACACAAAUGCCUUUGUGAGGACAACGACUGCAGUCACAAUAUUUAACUCUGGUGUAAAGAUUAAUGUCAUGCCAGCAUAUGCCGAGGCCUUUGUCAAUUUCCGUAUCCACUCAGCCCAGACGGUGCAAGAGGUUUUGAAGCUGAUCGAGUCCACCAUAUCAGAUAAGCGUGUGAUGGUGGAGCUGGUCAAAGGAUUUAACCCAUUGCCCAUCAGUUCAUAUGAUGAGCAUACAUUUGGGUACCAGAUCAUAAAGAAAACAGUGCAGGACGUUUUUCCUGAGGUCACUGUGACCCCUAGUAUCUGUGUUGGCAACACUGACAGCCGUCACUACACAGAACUUUCUCCAGACAUUUAUCGUUUUGCCCCAUCAUGGUACAAACCUGGUGAUUCUGCAAGAUUCCACGGUGUGAAUGAGAGAAUCGGCAUACAGAACUACGAAGAGAUUGUGCUGUUCUACUUUCAGCUCAUCCAGAAUUGUGACAUCAGAAAUGUGCCGUCACCUCGCACCUGACAUAAAUCUCU